AUUGCCAUGCGUCAUGACGUCAUACGGAAGUAAUUCAGCCAAGAUGGCAGCGUCCUUGACACUCAUGCCGAGAGUGUUAUCAACUGUCUAACAUUGCCAAAAAUGGCAAAUGUAAGUGCUGUUCAACCCACAAGAGAAAAUUUUGAGAGCGGAGGAUGGAGAGACGGGAGUUCGUCGCGUCACUUGUGGCAGGCGGCUGUGCGGGGAUGUGUGUGGAUCUGACCCUCUACCCCCUGGACACCGUGAAGACGAGACUGCAGAGUCAGCAGGGCUUCUACAAGGCUGGGGGCUUUAGGGGCAUCUACGCUGGAGUCCCAUCUGCUGCUGUCGGCUCCUUCCCCAACGCCGCUGCUUUCUUUGUCACCUACGAAUACACAAAGUCCCUGCUCGGCGCCGGUGGACCGCUAGCUGCCCCGCACGCGGCACCUGUCACUCACAUGCUGGCCGCCUCCCUGGGAGAAAUAGUGGCGUGUCUGUUCCGGGUUCCCACCGAGGUGGUCAAACAGAGGACUCAGGCGUCCCCCUCGUCCACCACCUACCACAUGCUGCUGGCCACACUCAGGGAAGAGGGCGUCCGAGGCUUGUACAGAGGAUACGGCAGCACGGUGCUCCGAGAGAUCCCGUUCUCUCUGGUGCAGUUUCCACUUUGGGAAUAUUUAAAGACUCUGUGGUCGCAGAGGCAAGGUCACACGCUCUACUCUUGGCAGGCUGCAGUGUGCGGAGCUUUUGCAGGUGGAGUAGCGGCAGUUGUUACCACUCCUCUUGACGUGGCCAAGACCAGGAUCAUGCUCGCGAAGGCCGGGUCGACCGCAGCGAGGGGCAACAUCCCGCUGGUGCUCCACGACGUGUGGAAGAGCCAAGGCCUGUCGGGUGUGUUCGCGGGCAGCGUCCCCAGGACGGCCUUCAUCAGCGUGGGGGGGUUCAUCUUCCUGGGAGCCUACGAGAAGGUCCGCACCUCUUUGCUGUAGAAGCUCUUCCUGCACGCCGGUGUGGUCCAACAAAGGGAAGGGGAGGGGGGGGGGGCAGCUGUGGAGGUGGCAGCAGCUUCGUCCACCCCCCCCAAUCCCCCCCCCCCCCAGGAGCAGCGUCCACAGACCCGGGGGCAUUUCCCAGAGGGCUGCAUUCCUACUCAUCGGGGCCCUGAGGGAAAACGGACCGGGCUCGAGCACUUCUGUAGUAAACCGAGCCACGUCCUCAGAUGAGCCAUCUUUACUGUGUGUGUGUGUGUGUGUGUGUGUGUGUGUGUGUGUGUAAAUCAAUGAGCUGUGCUAUUAAAGAACGUCUCUUUUUAUCCUUGGA